AUGUCUCUCAUCAACGUUCGCCGCGAUGUCAGCGACGCCUUCUAUCGUUAUAAGAUGGAGCGUUUGCAGACCAAAGUCGAGGGAAAAGGUAACGGUAUCAAGACCGUUGUUGUCAACGUUUCCAGCGUCGCUGCGUCUCUUGCUCGUCCUGCGUCAUACAUCAUGAAAUACUUUGGCUUCGAACUUGGUGCCAUGACCAGAGAUGACAUCAAGGACGACCGUUGGAUCAUCAACGGUGCUCAUGAGGCUGGAAAGCUCCAGGACCACCUCGAUGGUUUCAUCAACAAGUUUGUUCUUUGCAAGAGCUGCAAGAACCCCGAGACCGACAUCAAAAUUGACAACGACCGCAUUCUCUUGGACUGCAAGGCUUGUGGUCAGCGUACCGCUGUUGACCUGCGCCUCAAGCUGAGUGGCUACAUUCUCAAGAACCAGCCCAGCAAGAAGAACAAGAAGGACAAGGCUGAGCGUAGAGCAGCCAAGAAAGCCAAGCAGAACGGCACUGCCACCGAGAACGGCCAUGCCAGUGGUGGCGACGAAGGCUCCGAGAAUGGCUCCAACGAGAAUGAAGAAAAUGGCGAUGCUGUUAGCGACCAUGAGUUCAACAAGCUACAGGCUGAGGCCAUCGAGGAUGCUGCUGUCAAGGUCAAGGAUGACGAAUGGGCUGUGGAUAUGAGCGAGGAAGCUGUCAAGGCCCGCCAGGCUCAACUUCCCGGUGAGUUCAAGCAGAAGCUGAGCCUCAACGACGAGGACGACGACGGUGAGGGCGGCAACACUGUCUACGAUGAGUUUGGAACCUGGAUCCAAACCGAGGCUGAAGAGAAGGGUGGCAUUGACGGGGUUGACUCUAUCAACAUCUAUCUCAAGGCUAAGGAGAUGGGCAUUGAAAACAAGCACCGCACUGUCCUGGUUCUUGCUCAGACUGUCUUUGAUAAGGAUGUUUGCGUCCAGAUUCCAAAGCGCGCUGGCAUGCUCAAGCAGAUCGUCAACUCUGAGCGUCACGAAAAGGCGCUGCUGGGAGGUACUGAGCGUCUGCUUGGGUCCCUGGCCGAGUCGAACCCGGACUUCUUGCAGCAGAUUGUCAAAAUUCUGCAGCUGUACUACCACCAUGACCUCAUUAGCGAGGAGGUGGUUACCAAAUGGGGUACUCACGCCAGCAAGAAAUAUACUGACAAGAACACCUCUCGAAAAAUUCGUCAGGCUGCCAAGCCUUUUCUCGAAUGGCUUGCUGAAGCCGACGAGGAAGAGUCUGAUGAGGAAGAGGAUGAGUAA